AUGGCGUCGGCGGCGAGCAGGAAGGCGCCGUCGCUGGUGGUGGCGGCGAGCGUGGGCGCCGUGGAGGCGCUCAAGGACCAGGCGGGCCUGUGCCGCUGGGGCUACCCGCUCCGCUCGCUCUACCGCCACGCCGCCGCCGCGCCCAGAGUCCGCGCCCUGUCCGCCUCGCUCUCCGAGGCCACCGCGGCCGCCGCUCCCCGGCCGGUGCCUUUGUCCGCGGAGGACGCGAAGCUGCGAAAGGCGCACCACCUCGUCUGCUGGGGCCCCAACUGA